UGGAAUGCGCAGAGGAAAAGGAGGUGCGCGGUUGCUCGCGCCUGGCGGGGUGUUUCUGUACCGGUGCGAGUAUUAGGCGUGGGCGGGGCGCGCGAACUGUGUCACUUUUUCCAUACGUCACAGGUUCAUGAACCUUCCUGUGGUAUGGCUGGUAAUGGGUCAAGAUCAGAGUCUGGCAGUGGAUUAACUAUGAAAUCACAGCUUCAGAUCACUGUUAUUUCUGCAAAGUUGAAAGAAAACAAAAACAAAUGGUUUGGACCGAGCCCUUAUGUGGAAGUCUCAGUAGAUGGACAGUCAAAGAAGACAGAAAAAUGCAACAAUACAAGUAGUCCAAAAUGGAAGCAACAUCUUACAGUAAUUGUCACUCCGGUUAGCAAACUAAAUUUUCGUGUAUGGAGUCACCAAACAUUGAAGUCUGAUGUCUUACUGGGAACUGCCACGCUAGAUAUUCAUGAGACACUAGAAGCAAACAAUAUGAAGCUUGAAGAAGUGAUUAUGAACAUGGUGCUUGUUGGUGAUAAAGAAUCAACGGAUGGGAUUGGAGAGUUGUCUGUCUGUUUAGAUGGUAUGCAAGUAGAUCCCGAGCUUCUAACUAAUGGCGAUGACCCAAAUAUAAGAAGUCCCACACAGAGUGGUGGCUCUAAAACGAGAAGUGAAACACGGACAAAUGGCCCUGAAAGCUUUGAAGCUGCUGGGUCCAGUGAAAGCAAGAUGGCAAAUGGCAGUGAUUCUCCAUUAAUUGCAAAUGGAGGCUGUAAGCCUUCUAGACCUCCCAGACCAUCUCGACCACCUCCACCCACUCCACGUAGGCCCUCUGCUCCUUCUGCAUGUGUCAAUGGUCCAUCAUCAACAGAAUUAGAAGGAACUAGUGCAGGGCUGGUAUCAAGCACAAGUUCAGCAUCAGAACAAAACUCUGAUGGGGCAAUGGCAGGAACAGCUAUUCCUGCAGCAGCUGCAGCUUUGACCACACCACCAAUAUCCAGACAAGUUCAGCCAGUAACUCCAGGAUCACAGCCGCAUCAUACAGUCAAUCAAGGUCCUCUUCCACCUGGUUGGGAACAACGACUAGACCAGCACAGUCGAGUGUAUUAUGUAGAUCAUGUUGAAAAAAGAACUACAUGGGAUAGACCAGAACCUCUUCCUCCUGGCUGGGAGCGGCGAGUUGACAACAUGGGGCGCAUUUAUUAUGUUGACCACUUCACCAGAACAACAACCUGGCAGCGGCCAACUUUGGAAUCUGUUCGGAAUUAUGAACAGUGGCAGCUUCAGCGCAGCCAGCUUCAAGGAGCUAUGCAACAGUUUAACCAGAGGUUCAUAUAUGCGAAUCAAGACGUCCCACAGAACAAAGAAUUUGAUCCGCUUGGUCCUCUGCCACAUGGAUGGGAAAAGAGAACAGAUGCUAAUGGCAGAGUGUAUUUUGUCAAUCACAAUACACGUAUCACACAGUGGGAAGAUCCAAGAAGUCAAGGUCAGUUAAAUGAGAAACCUUUACCAGAGGGCUGGGAGAUGCGGUUCACUGUGGAUGGAAUUCCAUAUUUUGUUGAUCACAAUAGAAGAACCACCACCUAUAUGGAUCCUCGUACUGGAAAGUCUGCUCUAGACAAUGGACCUCAGAUAGCCUAUGUUCGUGACUUCAAAGCGAAGGUCCAAUACUUCCGAUUUUGGUGCCAGCAAUUGGCUAUGCCCCAGCAUAUAAAAAUCACAGUGAGCAGAAAAACAUUGUUUGAAGAUUCAUUUCAGCAGAUAAUGAGCCUCAGCCCUCAGGACCUACGGAGACGUUUGUGGGUCAUUUUUCCAGGAGAGGAAGGAUUAGAUUAUGGAGGUGUUGCACGGGAAUGGUUCUUUCUGUUAUCGCAUGAAGUGCUGAACCCAAUGUAUUGCCUGUUUGAAUAUGCAGGGAAGGAUAACUACUGUCUACAGAUAAAUCCAGCUUCUUACAUCAAUCCAGACCAUCUGAAAUACUUCCGCUUUAUUGGCAGAUUUAUUGCCAUGGCUUUGUUCCAUGGGAAAUUUAUAGAUACGGGUUUUUCUCUACCAUUCUACAAACGUAUUCUUAACAAGCCAGUGGGACUAAAAGAUUUGGAAUCUGUAGAUCCUGAGUUUUACAACUCCCUCAUCUGGGUAAAGGAAAACAAUAUUGAGGAAUGUGGCCUCGAGAUGUAUUUCUCCGUUGAUAAAGAAAUUCUAGGUGAAAUAAAGAGCCAUGACUUGAAACCCAAUGGCAGCAACCUUCUAGUUACUGAAGAAAAUAAGGAGGAAUAUACUAGACUAGUGGCAGAAUGGAGACUUUCCCGAGGUGUUGAAGAGCAGACACAGGCUUUCUUUGAAGGUUUCAAUGAGAUAUUACCACAGCAGUACUUGCAAUACUUUGAUGCCAAGGAAUUAGAGGUGCUUUUGUGCGGAAUGCAAGAGAUUGAUUUAACUGACUGGCAAAGGCAUACCAUCUAUCGACAUUAUACCAGGACAAGCAAACAGAUUAUGUGGUUUUGGCAGUUUGUGAAGGAAAUAGAUAAUGAGAAGAGAAUGAGACUGCUACAGUUUGUUACUGGAACAUGCCGAUUACCAGUUGGAGGAUUUUCUGACCUCAUGGGGAGUAAUGGACCCCAAAAGUUCUGUAUUGAGAAAGUUGGUAAAGAAAACUGGUUACCCAGAAGCCAUACUUGUUUCAACCGCUUGGAUUUGCCACCAUACAAGAGUUAUGAACAACUGAAGGAGAAGCUGCUGUUUGCAAUAGAAGAAACAGAAGGAUUUGGGCAAGAAUAACCAAUGAUGGGAAUUUGCACCCGAAGAACGUGAAUUCAGAUAUGGUGUCCGUUCUUCACUGCCUCUGCUUGUUGCACUUCUUACUGUAAACAGGACUUGACCUUGAUUUAUUUAAACAAUUGCUAGUGUAUAAAUAAAUGGAUGUACUCUGCAAUUUUAUUCCAACUCUAAGAUUUCUCCUGAGUCAUUUGAGAAAUCCAAAAUUAUACAGCUACAAAUGAAAGCUUCCCUAACCAGAGGCUUACUGUACUUCUGGGGGUCUGUCUUGAGUCAUGUCCAUUAACUGGAAUGUUCUAAUGAUUUUUGAAAACUCUCCUUUUGUAUUUCUGUUUGAGUAGCAUCUUUUUGCUGCUGAUGCACUGGGAAGCCCAUUGGUAGCUACAAUGCUGCAGCAUCCUAUUUCUAACAGUGCGUACUUGCAGUCAGACCAUGGGAUGGUGCUGUAAGCAGAUCCAUUGCUUGUGUUAACUGUUGCUUUUCCAAGUGAGGCCUGUUUCUGCCCUCCCAAAGCUUAUUCAGAUGCCAUCUCAAUUCAAGCUAUGUAGAGGAGCAUGUAGACCUAAUGCACCCAUCCAGAGCAUAGAACUUUUAAAAUUCAUUUUAGCUUGAUCACAUUCCUUGAGUUCUCCCUCUAUUUGGAUUCUCUCUUUCUCUUUGAACUUAGAGGAAUUUUAAUCUAUUCCCAAUUGGAUGUGCCCAGUUAACAUCAGUAUUGUUGAUGGUACUUCAGUAGCAAAUUCGGAAGAAAAUGGGAGACCUUUUUAUUGGCAACAGCUGCAGUCCAUUUCCAGUCCUGUUUGUUGGUUAAUGCUUGACACAUACAAAUGGCCACUAGGCUAGACUAAAGUGGCAACAUCAGUUUUCUUCUGAAUAAGACUUCCACAUACUGGAAUAUUGGUUCCUUGUAGUGGUCUAAGCAUUGCUACAAAGCUGCCAGCUUAACCUCUCUGACAAACUGAUGUGUAAUAAUGACGUUCCAACAAACUUCCAAAUGUUACAUUAGAGAAUCCAGUAUCCCUUAUGAAAUGGUGCACUUUUUAAGCUAGCUCUCUGUUGAGCAGUGUCUUAUUGGAAACUUAUGUGGAUUUUUGGUUUUUAAACUUGUUAUUUGGUUUGAGCUUCAGUUAUUUAUACAGUACCAUGCUGUUUCAAAACUUUUUGUUGGAGCUUAAAACAAUACUUAAAACUACACUCCCAUUUUAAACAUGAAAGCACUUGUGGUUCUUGUGCCCAGCUUUGCUGCCUUGUAUCCUUUCCUCCAGGCUGUUCUAUUUCAGUGUUGUGCAUGCUGCUCUGAACCUCUAUAGGAGAGAGGGUGACACUUUUGAAACAGCAGUAGUGCAUGUUGAUUAUAUAUACUUGCAUUGUUCUACUGGUGAUAGGGGAGUAAAGUUAUUUUUAAAGCUGGCCAGGACAGUCAAAGAUUGAACAUACUACAUUUCUGUCUUGGUAGCCAGUAUCAUCUCCCCAUCCAGACUCCUAGCAGGAGGGUGUGAUUAAUUUGGAGCUAUUGAAAGCCGGUAGGCUCAGCCAGUGUAUAGCUGACCACCUUUUGGACUCUUCUGGGAGAUAAUGGCUUGAAUCUGAAGAUGCACUUGCAAGUGCAGAAAAGACUUCCGCUCUCAAAAGGUGGUGGGAAAGUGGCAGAGAGCAAUGGUGACUUGGCCCCCCACUGUGUGCCUAAGGCAGAGCAUCAAAUGCCACUCCUCCUGUGUACAUCAUCUUCUCCCCUGACACACACACUUUUUAAAAGUGAGAGGCAGGAGGGCAUCUUACUACCUUGCUGGCACCCCAGUAAUCUGCUGCCUGAGGCAACUAUCUUGUCUCACCUCUUGGAAGGGCUGCCCCUAAAGGACUGACUUGCAUAAUUCCUGCCCCCACUUCCUGCUGCAACCAUCUGUGCCUCAUGCCUUCCUGUUCCACAGGGUCCCUCGGCCCUCAGGAGUAGAUUGGAGGGGGUGCAGAGGCCUACACAAGGAAGGGGUUGGUGGAAAAGCACUGCUCUCUUCACAGAAGGAAAGUUAGGAUCCAGGCCAGUAUGAAAAGUCUAUUUCCCCUCAGUUGGUGUUUGCAAGAAGGGAGAAUGGUUGGACAUGCUACUCUUUCCCUCCCUCUCAGUAUACUUUCUGGGGGGGUUUCUCUUACAGAAGUGAACCGCUUCUUCCAUUGGUAGAGGGUGUUGCAGGGCACACUUGUGAAUUCUGGAGAUAAGUCUACCUAUGCCACCUACCAGAACACUUGAUGGAUGUAUUAGAAAUUUAGUUAUGGGGGAGAAAAAGCCUUUUAUUUUGUUGAUUUUAAUAAAUCUUAGUUAUCUAACAUUUACAAGACAGAAAUUAAAUUAAGUGAGUUAACAAGAGUAAGCUAUGGGAAAUAGUCUGUGUUCUACAUAAUGCUUCAUGAUUUGUAUAGGGAACUAGGCAUAUUGUUAAUGUAUAAAUAUCAUUCAAAAGGCUUUCUGCCCUAUAUUUUUAAAAAUAAAGGAUAGUUCUAAUUGAAAUGGCUAAAGCCCUAGUUCUAUAGGGCAUGGCUGUUUAAUAUUUUUAUGGCUCAAAUGUUUAGUUCAGAAAAAAAGUAAAUGCUUGUAUAUAUUUUUGCAGUCUGGGUCUAGCUUAUUGGAUUGCUUUUAAUUUAAAUGGCAUGUUUGUCUUUACUGCUGUAUUCCAGGGGAAAUGGGGGCUGGAUAUCCCAAGCACAAAAAAAGUAUUUCAAAUAUUCAUAACUGAGGAUAUUUAAUAAAUGAAAUCUUGACCAUGAAGUAUUGUUAAAUUAGAUUUAUUGUAAGCAUUAUGCUAACAAUAUCUCUAAAAUAAAAAUGAAAAUUUGCUUUUAAAUCCCUUUGCAUUAUAAAGUAUGUUCGUUUUUAUGCUAUCUUAUGUACAAUAAAAAUAAUUUAAGCAGGUGGCACUCUCUUAACAUUGUGAUAAUGUGGGAAACUUGCAAAAGCACAGUAUGGUGAGCAGGGUGUCAGGCUGGGCUGAACUGGAUUGUGAGCAAGAUUUUUGUAAAGAUUAGGACUUGUAUACUUUCAGCAGCCUGUGGAAAGCAGGAACUGCCACAUUCUGUUGGAUGCAUAUGAGAACAUCGUAAUCGGACCCAACUAUUUGAAAAUUUGCCUUAUGAAAAUACAGAAUAUAUAUUUCAAUCCAUUGAUCUUAAUCUUCUCUAAGCCUUAUCUUUCUGGAAAGCUCAGGAUAGAUUUUAUGAAAUUGCAUAUCCAAUUAGCAUGUGAGGUUUUGUUAAACAAUCAUGUUUUUAUUGUAAAAAGGUCUGGUUCAUGUUCAUCAUGCAUACACAUUCCAACAGAGUUGAAACUGAAGCUCAGUUCAGUGCAUUGGUAUCUCCAGCCCCUUUGUGUGAUCUGUUGUGUAUUUUUUCCAGAAUCAUUGUUUAUGUAUAUGUGCCCUAGUUAACUUAGUAUAUAAACUGGGAUCAGAGGCACUGGACUGUAAAAUAUUGUACUGGAAUCCCAUUGUUGAAUUUUCCUUGAACUGUAAUUUCAAAUACUCAGGUAACUGUAAAAGUCUCUCACCAAGUCAAACUUUUAUAAAAGUACUAAAAAGCU